AUGGAAAACCUCACGCCGGAGCAAUGGCGCGAGAUCAUGAACAGGAAGAUGCGCUUCCCUCCAGAGCUCAUCAGUGCCAUUCAGGAGGGGAAAAUAGAGCUGCUGUGUGGACUGUUGAAGACCGGUGAUGGCAUCAUCCGCCAGCUGGAUGAGUCUGAGGAUCGUCAGUGGAGAGAGGCCCUCAACUUGUCCAUCCGCCUGGGCAAUGAGAGUUGUAUGGACGCCCUCUUGCAGGGGGUCAAGUUUGACUUCCGGCAGAUUCACGAGGCGCUGCUAGUCGCUGUAGACACCAACCAGCCCAGAGUGGUGAAGCGGCUGCUGGACCGCCUGGACCAAGAGAAGGGCAACAAGAUGGACGUACGCUCCUUCUCUCAGGCCAUCUUUGACCACUCUAUUGACAACUCCCAGUUUGCCCCUGGUGUGACUCCUCUGACCUUAGCCUGCCAGAAAGACCUGUAUGAUAUAGUCACCAUGCUCACUCAAAAAGGUCACGUCAUCCCAUGGCCGCAUAAGAUAUCCUGUGCUUGCCUGGAAUGUCGUAACGGCCGGCAGUAUGACCUACUGAAGUUCUCCUUGUCCCGUAUCAACACCUACCGUGGCAUCGCCAGCCGUGCCUACCUGUCCAUCACCUCUGAUGACGCCAUGCUCCAAGCUUUCGGUCUCAGCAGAGAGCUCCGCAAGCUCUCACAAAAAGAGCCAGAGUUCAAGCCUCAGUACCUGAGCCUGGAGGAGCUUUGUCAGGAGUUUGCCGUUGAGUUGCUGGGCAUGUGUCGCAACCAGAGCGAAGUGACCACCAUCUUGAACAGCUGUGGAGACGAGAGCCAGGAUGCCUUAGACGAGCAGGCCUUUGAGGAGGGAAUCCCCAACCUGUCACGUCUGCGGCUCGCUGUCAACUACAACCAGAAGCAGUUUGUGGCCCACCCAAUCUGCCAGCAGGUGCUGUCAUCUAUCUGGUGUGGGAACCUGGCAGGCUGGAGAGGCAGCAGGACGGCGUGGAAGUUGUUUGUCUCUGUGGGGAUCUUUCUCACCAUGCCCCUCCUCUGCCUCGUCUACUGGAUCGCACCCAAGUCAAAGCCAGGAAAGUUGCUAAAGAUUCCUGUGAUCAAGUUUCUCCUCCACUCAGCCUCAUAUCUGUGGUUUCUCAUCACAUUACUCGGAGAAUCAAUAACGAUGGAGAUAUAUCGAGACAGAUUUGCUUCACGACAGCAGGACAUCCUGCACAGCUCCUUCCACAUGGUGUGGGUGGUUGGAUUCUUCUGGUAUGAGUGUAAGGAAGUGUGGAUCGAGGGGCUGCGGAGUUACUUCCUGGACUGGUGGAACUGCUUGGACAUGAUGGUGCUCAGCAUGUACCUCGCGUCCUUCGCAUUGCGCGUGCUUAUCAUGCUCAAAGGUCACUUCCUCUGCCGUGAUCAUAACGGCACAGAGGAGUGUAUCUACUUCACUCAGACUGUGCGUGACGACUGGCAUCAGGAGGACCCCCAGCUGAUUGCGGAGGUGCUGUUUGCAGUGACCAGCAUGCUGAGCUUCACACGGCUGGCGUACAUCCUGCCAGCCCAUGAGUCUCUGGGAACUUUGCAGAUCUCCAUUGGGAAGAUGAUUGAUGAUAUGAUGAGAUUUAUGUUUAUAUUGAUGAUCAUUGGAACGGCCUUCCUCUGUGGCAUCAACAAUGUCUAUGUUCCUUACGUCAUCUCUCCACAUCUUGGCAAGUUUAAUGAGACCUUCCACUUCUUAUUCUGGACCAUGUUUGGUGUGGCCAACCAGGACUACGUGGACAUGCCGCAGUUUGUGUUGGCAGAGUUUGUCGGAAGGAUUCUAUACGGCAUCUUCACACUGGUCAUUGUCAUCGUCCUGCUCAACAUGCUUAUUGCUAUGAUCACCAACUCCUUUCAGAAAAUUGAGGAUGACGCAGAUGUCGAGUGGAAAUUUGCCAGGUCAAAGCUGUACCUCAGUUACUUCAGAGAAGGCCUUACCAUGCCAGUGCCCUUCAACAUCAUCCCCUCACCCAAAGCUUUCUUUUACAUCUUGAGGGGUAUCUUUAGACGAAUCUGCUGCUGCUGCACGUGUAAUUCUGAGACAAAAUAUCCCCCUAUUGCCUCUAUGACUAACGGUAAGGAAUCUGAAGACAGCCAGUUACCUUACCGGCAGCAGGUGAUCAGAGCUCUGGUGCAACGCUACAUUGAGUCAGCUCGCAGGGAGUUUGAGGAGACCAAGAGGAAAGAUAUCGGUAAUCGGAUCACUGAGCUGACCAAAACAGUCAGCAGGAUGCGCAGUGAUAUGAAGGUGGUCCAGCAGCUUCUGAUGGAUGAUGGGCACACUGGAAGCGAGGCACUGACCAAGGAUGGCUCCUCCUUUCUGGGGAAAUACAUCAUUGGUGCCAAGAACAAUUUCAGAGGUUUUAACAGCAAGCAAGAUGACAUAAAUCCAUCACUUAAAGUGACAGUGCACCACAGAGAGGAUGGGGUGGAUAAAGAAAAGGUUUACUCAGAUACAGAACAGGAGUCAGACACACAACAGAAUCAGAUCGGGGAAUGUGCAGCAGAGGAGUCAAAGCAGGUAACAGACUGUGAUGUGGUGAAAAUGGAGGAAGGCAGAGCUAAAAUGGAGCUCGGAGACAAAAAGGAGACUGAGCCAAAAGAGCAGGUGGAAGCAGACAAAAAUGAAAAUACUGAUAAUGAAGUGAGAGAGGAAGUGGUGGCAGUGACAAGUUUUACUCCUGUAGAAGAAAAAAUAAAAGCUGAAGGCACACAGGAUGAGGCAGAAAAAAGAAGGGAAGGAGAGAUUCUCACAGACGCAAAGGAGGGUGAAAAACACAAAGAAACAACCCCCGAGCAAGCUCAAAGCAUCAAAGUCAACAGUGAAAAGACAGACACAAAGACAGUGGCAAACAGGAUGAAAGAUGUAGAGCUGCAAGAAAAAAAAGUGGAGGCAAAAUGGAUGAAGGGCAAAAAGUUUGAGCGUGAUGCAGCAGAGAAGUCCAUUGUCAGGGAGAGCAACGUGAAACCUGGAGCCAAUAAAAUGAUUCCCUCACCAACAGGCAGCAGCAGCUCACAGGACACAGGCUUUGGUUCACAAGAAGGGGAGGGAUCAAUUGAUGGGACAUUAGUGAGACCAUAACCAUAGCGAUGUCCCAUGUAAAGGGCCACACAGAAUUUUUCAGGGAUUGGCUCUUUGAUAAAUCUAAUUAAAUAUCUGAUAAGAGGGAACAUUUUGGGAAAUAAAGUCUUGCACAUAACCGCCUGUAAAAGAGCAAAUUGUCAUUUUUAUACUUUGGUUGUUGUACUGAUUAAACAAACACAACAUUAUGUGCUAACUGAUUAUUUUGUAGCUGCUGGUAUGUGGAUUUUGUUACGAUUGGAUAGAUGUUUCCCCUGUUUGCAGUUGUGCUAAGCUAAUCAGCUUCUAGCCUCAGUUAAUAAUCUGAGGAAAAAUAUUUUCUUAUAUUGAAAUAAAAUCCUUCAGCUAUACAAAGGCAUAGGUUUCAUUUCAGCAGUGGGGGUGGGGGUCCUCCACCAGAAAAUUUCAAGCAUCAAACAAUUAACUUCCUGCAUUCUGGUGCACUUUUAUGCACCAAUUUAUGGUGUAAAUGUCUUUAAUUUUGUAAAAAUAAGUGUUGUCAAAACGAAAGUUCUUUGCUACUUUCAUGACUUUAUCAGGGGGAAAUGCACAUGUUCUAAAUAUCGAGGGGGAUGUGUCACAUGUCCCCCUGAAAUUUACGCUUAUGCAGCCACAGAUCUGUUACAAUGUCGAUUUUCUCAUUUUUAAAAUGAAUAUUCUCAUAAUUACUUGCUGAGAAAGAGAUGACCUUGUUGCCUUUUCUCUCAUCACAUGUUAAAGCUGCCAAUGGAUUUAACUCAAAUAGUUAAUGUGCCUUUAAAUUCAGCAUACAGAACAUACACCACCUGUAUAAGCAUCAGUGGCAGUAAAAUAGGGUUUCAGCGCCUUACAAUUAGAAAAUACCUUGAUUAGAGUAUUGCUGCUCAGUGCCGGGUGUCUUUCUCCUGACUGCUGUUUUUGA